AUUUCACAGAAAGUGCUUUUUCAGGAAAAUCAAAUCUUGUGAAAGUUACUUUUCUGAGUCAUUGAUAGUCAUUUUUUGUGCUGAAUCAUUGUUGCACACAUUUACACUUGAUGGCCACAUGGACUCCCCUCGACACGAAAUUGAAUCAAAAUUACCAAAUAUCCAGAAGAGCAACGGGAGAAGCUGAGGGAGGCAGUGAACACCAUUUACCAGUCGUACUUAACUUAAGCGAUCUUAUCCUUCGUUUGAAGAAUUUCCGCAGGAGCAAACAGCAACGAUUGCCCUUAAUAGAGGCGGAAGUUAGCAAGCUUUGUAGUCUGGCGCGAGAUUUAUUUUUGGACGACCCUAUGUUGCUGGACGUAUCAGCUCCUAUUCGUGUCGUGGGUGACAUUCAUGGCCAGUACCAUGACCUAUUAAAAAUUUUAGAUCAUUGCGGUUACCCUCCGCAGACUAGUUACCUGUUUCUUGGAGAUUAUGUGGAUCGAGGCAAGAAUUCUGUAGAGACAAUCACACUCCUACUGGCACUUCGCGUCAAGUUCCCUAAACAUGUAUUUUUGUUGCGGGGCAAUCAUGAAUCGCAAUCUGUGAACCGAGUGUACGGGUUCUUCGAUGAAUGCAAACGUCGCUAUACUGUUAAACUAUGGAAAACCUUUGUCGACUGCUAUAACUGUAUGCCUGUGGCAGCAACUAUUUCACACCGAAUCUUCUGUUGCCAUGGUGGGCUAAGUCCGCAACUUAAGGAUCUAAGUGAUAUAAGCUCGAUCGUCCGACCAGCCGAAGUCCCUGAGACGGGUCUACUCUGCGAUCUUUUGUGGAGUGACCCGGACAGGUAUGGCUUCGGCUGGACGCCGAGCGAUCGGGGUGUUAGUUACCUUUACGGACGUGAUGUUCUAGAAAAGUUUCUUCAGAAGCACGACUUUGAUUUAGUAUGCCGAGCCCACCAGGUUGUUGAAGAUGGGUACGAAUUCUUUGCAAAGCGUCAGUUAGUGACUGUUUUUUCCGCUCCUAAUUACUGCGGUAUGUAUGAUAAUGCUGGUGCGUCUAUGGGAGUUGAUAAAGACCUAGUUAUUACAUUUGACGUACAGAGGCCAGAUAAUCGUAAAGUACACCUAAGAAAGGUGAGCGUAUCUCCAAUAAAUUAAUUAAGCAGGCUCUGUUUGGAGUGUCAACAUACUUUGACUGGGUAUUAUUUCAAUUUCAAAUGUGUGUAGCCGAAAGCUAUUAUUCUUCUUAAGUAACAAAAUUUAGUUUUUGGUCACUUAAUUGGCACAAAAAUCCCGCAAAAUGUCGCAGCAAAUGACGACCGUAACAGAUGUUAAUAAUAUUGACCAACUCAUCCUACGAAUUAUCGAUACACGACGUCUGAAGCAGCUCAAUCUGACAGAGACAGACAUCCGGCUGCUUUGUAACCGUUCGAGGGAAGUUUUCAUGUCCCAGCCAAUGCUUCUUGAACUCUCGGCGCCCGUCAAGAUUUGCGGCGAUAUACACGGGCAAUUCACGGAUCUUCUGCGCCUUUUUGACUAUGGAGGAUAUCCGCCUGCCUCCAAUUACUUGUUCCUUGGCGAUUACGUGGACCGAGGCAAGCAAUCUAUCGAGACAAUGUGCCUUUUACUUGCUUAUAAGAUAAAGUAUCCGGAAAAUUUUUUUUUACUACGCGGAAACCAUGAAUCUGCCGGAAUUAACCGUAUAUAUGGAUUUUACGAUGAAUGUAAACGUCGGUAUACAAUCAAGCUUUGGCGUACAUUUGUCGACUGCUACAGCUGUAUGCCUGUUUCGGCCAUUGUAGAUGAAAAAAUUUUUUGCUGCCAUGGUGGACUUAGUCCUGAUCUUCUGAAUAUGAACCAAAUUGGACAACUGGCAAGACCUUGUGAUGUUCCUGAUAAAGGACUACUUUGCGACCUUUUAUGGUCGGACCCAGAUCCAAAGAUUAUGGGCUGGAGCGAUAAUGAUCGAGGUGUGAGCGUGACUUUUGGUGCAGAUAUUGUGGGAAAGUUCGUGCAUCGCCACAAGUUCGACCUCAUUUGUCGCGCUCAUCAGGUGGUUGAAGACGGAUAUGAAUUCUUUGCGAAGCGUCAGCUGAUAACUAUAUUUUCAGCACCGAAUUACUGUGGUGAAUUUGACAACGCGGGCGCUAUGAUGUCUGUGGAUGAGACUCUUAUGUGCUCUUUUUACGUUCUUAAGCCAUCUAAGAAGCCUGGCUUACGUAAAAUUCACUCUAAGAGCUGAUGUGGGAUCAAACGAAUUUACUAUUGGAAACGAUCUACGAUUUCAGUAACGAUAAUAUUUGGACUGAGCUUAUUUUUUGUGCUCCUCUUUGUUUAGAUGUAAAGGUGUUUGUAUGAGCUGCGUGACAUAAAAAUUAGACGUUUUUUCUUAUUGGCGAAAUUUUUGAAAA